ACGGAUGCAAACCAAUUAUUAUGUAAUUAGGGGUAGGUAGGUUCGCGAAAUUUGGGCCCCUGUAGUACCCGGAUGGGUUUGCUCUUUUUAACUUACAAGUUAAUGUAGUGAAAUGUCCCAAGCAGAGAGUGCAGCUGCGUGAACCUUUCUCGUGACAAGCCCUUGAAAGUGCUUGAUGAAUUGAUACACUCACCGAAGGAUCCGGGCUGGAUGUCAAGCUACGGGCGAAAAACUAGCCAAAUCACAGUGAUCAUGCGGUGACCUACGAUGUCCGGGCUGCCAACCUAUUCUUGAACUCUAUGAUUUGGAGUGUGCCACUGGUUUAACGAGAUCUCCGGGAACUCAACUGCAAGUCACACCCUGGAUUGACCACCUUUGAUUCCAAAGAGCUAUGCCCUGUAUUGUUUAAAAGCAAACUCUGAGACUCUGUGUAAUGCUCACUGCGCCUUCUAACUUUUAGGUUAUGGCCUUAUUGGACACGGUCGUCGUGGUCACUUUUGCGUUCAUCGCGAUUGUGUUCGUAUCGUCUCAUUUCCGCCGCCCUCGUGCGGGAGAAUAUCCCCCUGUGGUACCUAGCUUCCUUCCGUACAUCGGCACAGGCAUCCAAUACAUCCGUAAUCCAAGCGGAUUCCUGGGGAGCUGUCUUAAAGAAUAUGGCCCGGUCUUCAAGACGCGUAUUGGUGGCCGACAGCUGAUUGUCAUCUCCUCCCCCGACGGCAUCAACGCAAUCCUGCGAGACCAACACAACGUUUUCAAAAGUGAUUUCAUGCAUAUCGAACUGAUCAAGGCAAUCGCUGGACUCCGGGAGAACCUCCUGCCCUUGCAAGAGAUCCUACAGCAUCAGAUAGCUCCCAUGGUCGGACGUACCUUGGCCAAAACUUCAAUGCGCAAGUUUACAACAACUUAUGUGGAACGGCUUCUGCAGGAGAUGAACACGUUUGUCGCGCGUUCCGAGAAGGGGACGAAGGCCGUGUCAUUAAUGGAGGUCGUGGGCAGAAGUCGGCUUGCAGCGGUGUGCCAUGCACUUUUUGGCCCAUCGUUCACCGAUGAUAUUUACAACGACAUGAACCGUUUGGACGAGAGCAUUUACGCGAGACUGCACAUGGUCCCUUUCAACUGGCGGCGGUCCGCAGACGCGCGCAAGCGCCUCAUCGAUAGGCUCAGCACUUACAUCGCCCAGGCAGAGGAAGGUAGCACAUUGGGGGAUCUCAUGUCGGGUACAGUCGACAUCUUCAGGGCAAAUAAGCUUUCCCUGGAAGAAAAGGCCGGGCUGCUGCUUGUCUUCCUCUGGGGAUUGUACGCAAAUUCGACGAACGUAACCUUCUGGGCACUGGCGGAAAUUCUGGCGGACAAGAAGCUCGCCGCACGGCUGCGUGCAGAGAUCGACGGAGUAGUGCACGCGCAGGGGGUUAUCGGGAGGGACGACGCUCCGUGUGUCACUGACCUUCCCACUUUGCUCCGCGCAGACGCACACGCGCUUGAUGGGUCCGGUCUCUCACUACUUGACUCGGUCGUCCAGGAGACGAUACGAUUAAGGCAAAUAUCAACACCCAUAAGGCAGGCAUCAUGCGACACAGGAUUGGUCGUGGACGCGGGAGCGGGUCAGCGAGUGAUGGUACGCAAGGGGGAGUAUGUGUUAGCGCAUCUGAUGGGGGCGCAUUGGGACGGACGAUGGUAUGAACAGCCGAACAGAUUUAUGCCGGACAGGUUUGCGACGAGCAGGUAUGCAAGCGGACUGGAGGGGACUGAUGGCGAGUCCACACGGCCAAAACGAACCGGACUGCCGUUCUUUAUUUGGGGAGGCGGACGUGAAAUCUGCAAGGGACGGCACCUCGCCGUCUAUGAAAUAAAGCUCCUCGUCGCGCUCUGCGUGUACCACCUGCGCAUCACGCACGCGGACUCCGACAAACAUGAAUUCGGCCUCGGAUGGACGAACCUGUUGCCCCCCAGAGCGAAAAAACAAAGUAUCGGCGUUCAGCAGACAGAACAUGAUGUGAUGGUGUGGAUGAACCCGGCAGGGGGAGGAAACUGAUUUGUUCGUAGUAUGUCCCCGAGAUACGUGUCGAUAAGUAAGGUGGCU